AGAUUAUAUAUUGAUGGUCAUGAAAGAGCAGACGUUAUAGAACAUAGACAUAUAUUUUUAGAAUGUAUAAAACAAUUUGAAUUAUUAAUGCCAAGUUGGUCAGAUGAUUUAACCCAACAAAUUAAUCCAGUUUUACCUAAAAAUAAAAAGUUAUAUAUUUUAGUAACACAUGAUGAAAUAGUAUUUUAUGCAAAUGAUAAUCAAAAAAUAUUUUGGGGACCUAGUGGUGAACAACCAUUAUGUCCUAAAUCACUUGAAGGUAGCUUAAUGGUUAGCGAGUUUCUUUGUAAUACAAUUGGUUGGCUUCAAUUAGAUGAUAUUCAUAAAGAACUAAAUAGUCAACUUCUAUCUAAAGAGCAAAUUCCUAAUGAGGCUUGCUGUAUAAUCUGUCCUAGUGCUUAUCGUGAUGGUUAUUGGACCAGAAAAGAUGUUGCAAAUCAAUUAAAAAAUAAAACAAUUUCUAUUUUUGAAGCUAUGUAUCCUAAUUGUAUUGCUGUUUUUGCUUUUGAUAAUAGUAAUAAUCAUAGAGCAUUCGCUAAAGAUGCUUUAGUACAAGAAAUGGUAUUCUCUGAUAGAACUCCAAAAGGAAUGUGUAAAGUUCUUGAAGAAAGAGGUUUAGACUAUUCUGAGUCUGAUUUUAUGAAUCAAAAAUCACUUCUAGAAGAAAUAGUCGAAAAAGCUG